AUGUCAAACUCCAUUUCUUACGAUCAAAAAACGGUUGCCUUACUAGUAGUUGAUAUGCAAGAAUCGCUUCGUAACGAGGUUAUUGAUAUUAUUCCAAACGUGCAAUCAAUUGUCAAAACUUGUCACGAAAAAGAGAUUCCCGUUUUUUGGACACAAUAUGGUCACAGAAAUCUCCAAUUUGAUGGAGGUGCUGUGGGACGAUGGUGGGGAGAAGGUAGUAUAAUAUGGGGCUCUGAAGAAUGGAAAAUUUUGAGAGAAUUGCAGCCGUUCAUUUCG